AAUCGCCUUCCCCACCGGAGCGGAAGUGACGGACCUGGCUCCGGAAGUACCUGCCCGCGGGGCUCCGGCGUGGGCCCGCGAUCCGGGAAGUGCGCUCGGGCUGCAGGGAUGGGCCGCAGCCGGUCCCGCUCGCCGCCGCGCAGGGACCGUAGGCGUUCUCGUUCCACUUCCCGGGAGAGGGAAAGGAGGCGAAGGGAGCGCUCGCGGUCCCGGGAUAGGGACAGGAGGAGGAGUCGUUCCCGUUCGCCGCACAGGAGACGAUCCAGAUCUCCAAGACGGCACCGGUCCAGCUCCUCUUCCCCAAGCCGGCCGAAGGAAAGGCGAGAGGAAGAAAAGAAGGAAGUCAAAGACACUAAAACCAAGGAGCGACAAAUUACUGAAGAAGAUCUGGAAGGGAAGACAGAGGAAGAAAUUGAGAUGAUGAAGUUAAUGGGAUUUGCAACUUUUGACACAACAAAAGGAAAGAAAGUGGAUGGUUCUGCAAAUGCCUAUGCCAUCAACGUGUCGCAGAAGAGAAAGUACAGGCAGUACAUGAACAGAAAGGGUGGAUUCAACAGACCUUUGGAUUUUAUUGCCUGAUGUCUAGACUGGUUGGUUACUUGUGAAAAACGACCUCCACAAUAUUGGUGGCUAAUAUUUAAUUGUCUCACUGCGGCGCCUCUGCUGUGCUUCCAGAGACAGGACCUCAGCUUCCCUCCAUAAACCAAGAUCAGCUUAUUUAUGACAAGUCCAGAGACACUUGAUCUGCCUUGCAGGAAGAGAGGUGAUAUAUGGACCCCACUUCUCAUCCAAAGCAUUGCGAUUGCCAGCAACAACAACGAGCAGAGGACUGGCUACCUUUCACUGCUGCAGGUUCCUCCUACCCUUUUUGAAAAUAGUACAGGGUAUUUCAAAGUGGAUCUCAAACAAUGUGGCAGUAGCUCUUUUACACAUGGAGAUUGCCAGUGAGGCAAACACUUAUCCUAGCAUUGUAUGUGCCAUCAUGUGAAGGUCUUGUUAGGUAACUCCUUGGUCUAGGAAGUCAGGACAAGAAUGGGGCAAGGCAUGGUUUACAGAAGCAGAUCACGUGCAGCCAUUUAGCUUUUAUUGCUGCACUGGCUUUAUUGUCAAAUCAUGACUUAGAUUCAUUAGGAAUCAUCUCAGAGGAAUGCUCCACGCCACAUUGCAAGCCCCUGGGAGCAGAGGGUUUCCAGUACAGCUAGUCUAACGCGAUCCGUGUGUCCCAUGUAUCUGUACCAGAUGACCAAACUAGAGCCUGUUGCUGCGCUGACAUUGUCUGUGCACUUCACUCAGCACCCUUCUGCGGGGCUGUUGUAUUGGAGACGCUUGAGGUGGCCUUACAGCUAGAUCUGGGGCUGGUUUUGUGCUCAGUGACAGGAAGCAAGCAGAGCAGCGUUGGCAGGCCAGUACCUAGAGGUGGUGGGCAUGGAGAAGGAGCUGGGACAAUCCACCCCAGGCUGUUCUGAAGGUCAGGGCUAGAGGUGGCACAAGAUAAAAAGGGCAACUGAUUGUAAGCGGUGACAGCAGCGAUCCUUCAGUUUUGAGGAUGAUCUCCACCAUGGCUCAUUGAUGGGCUUGAGGUGACUUAAGAGUCCAGUCCUUGAGCCACAGAUCAGCAGAAGUUGCAGGUCUUUCCCCCAGUGCAGAGUAGACCGCAGGCUGAGAUUGCUCUCCUUUCCCUUUCUCUGCUCUCUCUCCCUUGCUUCAAGGGCCAGACACUUUACCUCAAAACAGGCCGCAGCUCGGUUGAGACUGCAGCACCAUUGGAGUUGGUCAGCAGCCAUGCCGGCACCCAUUUUCUUGAGGUACACCAAUGGGUCCUUGUCACGUUCCCUCUGGCCGCGGUGAGAUCUCAGGCUACAUCCACACUGAGAGGAGAGCGCUUGUUUUAGAAGUUGUGAAAGUCCUGGGCUGUCCAGGUUAGAAAAGAGAGACUCGGCCUAUUCAGCUUAGAAGAGAGGUUUGAGGGACGGACAAGGUAAGGGUUACCCAAUACUGAAUGGCAAAGAGAAAGUCAAUAGGGAUUUAUUUUUGACUCUGUCUCCCCAGAUAAGAACUAGGAGGGAACAACAUGGACCAAGUAAGUUCAAAACUACACAGAGCAGUUUUUUCACCCAGCGUGCCAUUCAAGGGUGGGACUGAUUGCCAGCACAUCUGAGAGCCUAGCUAGUUUCCCGUAGGGGUGGGACACAUUCUUGGAGGAAAGGAACAGCAAGAGCUGAGCGCAGGGGUGAGGGGCACGGCUGCCGAGUCCGAGCUUCCUUGACCUUAAAUGCUGGAGGCUGCAAGGGAGAGAAGGGUGGGGAAGAAUGCGGGUCAGGCCCGCUUCUCUCGCCCUCCAGUGCCUGGGUCAGAUCCACUUCUCUUUCCCCUCCACGGUCCACUCUGCCAGCACCUGGCACGGGAGACUGGGCAAGAGGGACCGAGCUGUGAUCUAGAGCGCAGUAUCCCGAGGGCAGGACGGGGUGGGUGUGCAGCCAGGCACACCAGGUGCAGUAGCCGCUGCC